ACAAUCGCAACUUCCAAACGACCCCUUAAUUUAUAUUUCAGUAUUUUAUUUUCUCAAAGAAAAGUUGUGUUAUUUUUUCGCUGUUUCGAAAAAUCGUAUCAUAAUGACAGUCUGAUUCACGGUUUCAACAAAAAAUACCACGACACUACCAUGGUGUUGUUGCCCACUCAACCUAUGUAGCUCCCAUCCGUCUAUCCUGCACACAUGGAGGAGUAUGAUUGGAUGUGGAUCACCUUUGGUUUGGUUGGGUUGGUCAUGCGAUAUAUACAUCGAUUAGAAGAGAAAAAUCCAACCUAUGCAAAUUGAGAGGGGGCUUUGGUGGUAUUGCAAACGUUGGAAGAAAGGCAUGAAGUAGGUAGCUUAGCUUAGCUAGGUGGGAGUAAUAGAUUGCAAGUUUUAGGAAGCAAAGGGGACAGAGUAGAGGCAGGCUUUUUCUGGUAAAAAAAAAAAACUCCCUCCAGUAUACUAUGAACCAAAAGGGCAUCAUUUCUCUAUUUGCCACCCCUCCCCCUCUCACAUAUAAGACCUAGAGAUUAUAGCCAGAACAGGUAUAGGGAGGAGAUUCGAUGGCACCAUCAUCAUCACCACCACCAAAUCUCACUCUUUGGCUAUAUCACAUACACAUUGCUCCUUUCUGUUAUUCACAGUAGGCCGGCCAGCUGCAUGCUGUAAUCUGCUUGCUGCUGUUUGCUGUGAACUUGAGCUUGAUCAUCAUGAUCACCUUUUUUUUUCUCUCUUCUGUUACCACCCACCCAUACUACCAACCAACACAGAUUUUUAGCUGAGGUAACCAAUCUAAUAUACUAAUAAUACCAAUGCCACAACCGGGGCCAACAAAUCAAAACCGCAGCAGCAGCAGUGAAACGAGACACAAAAGAACAAACAAUGAAGAAGAUGAGACAUGGCCCAUCGGAUGGGGAUCAUCAUCAGAUCACGAUCCUCCUCGUCCGACCAUCUCCUCUCUGCCCUCUUUGUAAUGUUUGCCUCUCUCCCUCUCCAUCUAUCACAUCUCAACACCUGCAACUGUAGCUGGGCCCCACCCACACCUAUAUCGUCCUUUUCCCUUUAGAGAGAGAGAGAGUUAAGUUCCAGGCAGCUAGCUAGCUAGGCAAAAGAAUCCCACUCCACUCCACUCCUUAAUUGCUCAGCAACGGCACACACAGUCACAGCCCAGUCCUCUCUCCGAUCCCUCCCUCAAACCCUACAAAUAUCACUACCCAGCUGCUCUGAUAAAAGCAACAGACUGCAUAGAGAAACAAGAAAGAAAGAAAGAAAGGAGAAACCCACUACUGCAGCAGCAGAAAACAACAAGAAGUUGAAGAACAAACUAACCUUUCCCCCUCAAUCCUCAUCCUCUCUCUGGGUUCUUUUUUUGUUUUCUGUCUAUAUAUCCAUUUUCCCUCCUGCCUGUGUAUCUUUUCAUUACCCAUAAAUCUCCCUCCACAAAGAUCAUCACCAGCUACCAACCCCAAAAAAAUCCCAGAAAACAAGCACUUCCACUCCCUCCAAUCUGCCAUGUAUCAGCUGCCACAUCAUGAUCAGUACUCCUCCCACCACCGCCAUCACCAACAACAACAGCAGCAACCCUCCGCCGCCCUUCAUCCAUUUCCGCCCUUCUACCUCUUCACCGACGCCUCUUCCGCCGCUACGACGGAGGAACAGCCGGCUGGACAUGGAUCAGAAACAACUCAUCACAACAACUACACUACUGGAUCAUCCAACCUCCCUCGUCACAAGCCUACCCACCGCGAGCCAGCACCAGCAGCGAAACCCUCCGCCGCCGGCGGCGGAGGACGUAGCAGGAAGAGCGGCAGCAAGAAGGCGGCUGCAGCUGGUGGUCCCCACGGCCGGAAGAAGACGACGGAGCCGCUGAGAGGGAUGGGGGUGGAGCAGCUGGAGCAUUUGAGGUUACAGGAAGCCGCCGCCGCCGCCGCCACUUCCAACCAAAAGAAAAUCCUUCUCCCGAAGUUUAAGCCCGCCAAAAAGCCUGUCUCCCGGCCUGCAGUGCUCCAACAGGAUCCGGGCACUUUUCCCGAUGAACACUACGGCGUCCCCGUGGCGGCGGUUAUCAGCGCCGAGAGGCAGCGGCAGCUCCAGCUGCUUUAUCAAGCGUGGGUCAGGAGGGUGACCGGUGCUGUUGGCGGUGGUGGUCAGCCGAGCCCCUACUCCGGCAUCGGCGGAGCUGGCCGGAGUAGUACUGCUACGGCGGGAGGGGGAUCUGAGCUCUCUUCAAUCCCAAAGAUCGCCGCUUUCAACCACAACAACAACAACCCAUAUGAUGAUUUACCCACCUGCGACGGCCCCUGCUGCCUUGAGAAGAAGGGCUUCAGUACUGCAGCGACGGCAAUGGUGCGGAAGAACAGUGGAAUAGUGAUUAGGGAGGAAAGAUUUCAAGAGACAGCUAGUGAUGAAGCGCCAUUAAUCAAUUCCUCUUCAUCCUCAAACUAUCAUCGGUUGCCCGCGGGAUUGAUGAUGAAUUCUGUGCAAAACGACGGCGUCCAAUUCACUCGCCGGAACAUGGAGGCAAUUCCUACUACCACUACUGGUUUCUGUAGUAGAUCUGCAAGAUCAGAGGCGCCCUUUUAUCCCUACCGUGAAUCUUACUAUCUUAAUCAGCUGGCCACACUGGAGAUGAUGGAAGCAUAUGAUGAUGCUCAAAGAAAGGGGAACUCCUCAUCAGCCUGUGGUAUGGAGUACUAUGAGUUCUUCCCAAGCGACAAAACCACCAGUGGAGAAAUUAUCAUGGAAGGCGGCACUUUUACCAAGCAGGAAUCUGGUGAGGAGGAAGAGGGAGUGGAAGUGGAGGACUACCUAAUGCUGGAACCUUCAGGUUCAGUGGGAUAUUAUGGUGGUGGUGGUGGAGAAGCUUCUUGUCUCACCACUUCUGAUCACCAUCAUCAUGAGAAGAAGUAUUACAGUUCCAGUUCUGCCUACACCUACACACUAGCAUCAAACCCUACCACCACUACUACUACUACUACCAGCAACUCUAUUUCCAGUUCACUGGACCUAUCCCUCAAGCUCUCAUCCUAGAGAUCCCAAACAAACAAGACAGAUCUCUACUUCUCCUUUUUGGUGGGUCUGGCUCAAAGACUGUUACUUUACUGCCCUACAAACUUAAUUACCACCCUCAACCCUAGAACCCAUCUUCUGCAUUUGUCUCUUUGCACACUCUUGGGUUUCCCUUUUCAUGUUAAACUGAUCUGCCUGUCAAUUUAUGCCAGCAUUUUGCUCCAGUGUUUUGGGAUACUAUACACCAUUCCUCUAUCUCUCUCUCUGUCUGUUAUAGUUGUGUCAUGAUGAAUCAGUUUGUGGACGGUUUCAAGAGACCUUACCUUAGGCCCAGCUUUUAAUUUAUGUGGGGGGUGAUCUGAUCUGAUCUCUCUUACAAUACUGGCUUGUGGGUCUGGCUGGGAGCUCAUCACUUAAAGCUUUCAUUAAUUGAUUUUGUCAUAUGAUGAUCCAAGUACUUUAGAUAUGGUAUCCAGUUAAUAAAUUGUGCAAUCUGUGCAAUGUUUGUUGAAGAACAAGAAGAUGCCAAAAGGGAUUUAAUACUCCCCAACUACUGCUCUUCCUCCCAAAUCUAUCACAGAUAUUAAGACACAAACAUUGAUCAUCGACCUAUAUUUGUACCUACUUUGCUUAAUCCAGCAACGCUGAGCAAAUCACUUCUUCAUACAUGACAAAUUAAUUACAUACAACAGGCUUUCUUGGGUCAGAUGUGAAGAGAGAGAGAGAGAGAGAGAGAGAGAGAGAGAGUGAGAGAGUGAGAGGGACCAUAAAAGAGAGAGAGGUAAUGGCAUGCAAGAGACAGUCUGCAAUGCUUAUUUCCCGAUUCUGAUAUGCUUACAUAUGAUUGAAGUGCUGAAACACAAGUAGCAGCAUCUCUCCCUUACUGUUUAUGGGAGUCAAGCAACUUUUUUUUUUUUUUUUUGAAGGCCUGCUUCAAAAAGUGUGCUCAAAAGCUGGAUUAAAAGCAACCCUAUCCCUCACUCAGCAAAGAGAGUGAGUGAGAGAGAGAGAGAGAGAGAGAGAGAGAGAGAGAGAGAGAGAGCAACUAGCUAGCUAGGGUCAAGCUCACAGCUCUCUGCCUGUCGUCCUCUCUUCUGUCUCUCUGUAAGGGUCUGGUGCUAUAUAGCCACUGAGCAGAAACAGGCCAAAUGGGCCACCAGCAAAGCCCAUCCCGAUGCCCUGAAUUCUGCAGCUGCAAAUUGCAAGAAAACCCACCCUGGCCGCUGCCUACAAGAUCUGAAAGCAGCUAGUGAUUAAGCUAAAGCGCGCGCUGUACCAGCCAACAAUAAAAUACUUGCAUGGAA